UAUCACACAAGCAGCCAGUACGUAGCUAGCUAAACAGCGACACCUAAAGAGCAGUUCCUCACACGUACGUCUAGCGACCAUCCACACCGAGCUCGUGAGCUUUCGUUCGUUCGUUAGUUUCUGAGGGCGGCGGCGAUAAUGGCGUCCGGUCAGGACAGCAGGGAGGAGCUGGAUCGCAUGGCCGAGGAGGGCCAGACCGUCGUCCCCGGCGGCACCGGCGGCAAGUCCCUCGAGGCACAGGAGCACCUCGCCGAAGGGCGCAGCCACGGCGGGAGCAAGGGCGGGCAGACCCGCAAGGAGCAGCUGGGCCACGAGGGCUACGUCGAGAUGGGGAAGAAGGGCGGGCAGACCCGGAGUGAGCAGCUGGGCCACGAGGGCUACCAGGAGAUGGGCAGCAAGGGCGGGCAGACUCGCAGGGAGCAGCUGGGCCACGAGGGCUACCAGGAGAUGGGGAAGAAGGGCGGGCUGAGCACCAAGGAGGAGUCCGGCGGCGAGCGCGCCGCCCGGGAGGGCAUCGAGAUCGACGAGUCCAAGUUCAGGACCAAGUCCUAGAUCUCUGAUGCCUGUGCGGCGUACCGCGUACGUGUCCCGUGCCCCGUAGCAUCUAGUAGCUGCAGGCAGGUAGUGUAGGCUAGUCGUAGCACAUGUGCCACUCCAGGUUUUGGCACGUGUGUGCACUGAAUAAUAAUGUAGGGCGUCAGUCGCCGCAGCACGCAUGUAGGCGGUCAUAUGGUGUGCGUAUGAUCAUGCGUGCUUUGCUAGCUUGUAGCUUCAGUUUGGUGCUGAUGAUAGUCAAUUGUCAGCGGUCGUCGUGACUUUGUGGUGUUGAGGCAUAUGCAGCUUUGUCGUCGUCGGGAGUUUCAGCAGCCUGUGUUCUGGCUCUACCCCAAACUGUAGUCCCUUAGUGUGUGGUGUGGUGGGGUCUAGCACCUGAUGCCUCAAGGUCGUCGAGUUUGCUUGUAUCCAUGCUUUGUUUCGGUAACGUAGUACGAGUAAUAGUUGGUUCGUAACACACA